AAAAGUCCAGGUCCAUGGACUCUGUAGGCUCCCCCUCAAGCCCUUGCUACUGGAGGCUAGUCCUCAUGGCAGCCAUAGGGCAUGCAAGUGGAUGUUGCCCACUCUCACUGAAGACUGCACCCCCUGUUUCCUAACUUGCUAGACCUAGGCCAAGAAGAUGUUAGAAAAGACAACAGUGUAUAACUCCUAUGUUUAUUAGUCCACCUUCCUCCCCUUGCAAAGGAAAAGAAAGGAGAAAGCACACAAGGGCCUAAGUGUCCAUUAAACUAGCGUUUGAAUGGUCAAAGUUUGUGAGAAAAUGAAGGCAUCCUUAAGGAGGUCAAGAAACACAGUUAAGUGGAGACUCCUGACUUAGCAGCUUACUAAGCCCUAUGCACUGAACUCAGUGCCCAAAGGUGGUGAUGAUGCUGCACAUGGAAAUGAUUCCGAAAUCGACUCAUUAGGCUGCUUUCAACAGUACAGAAAACUGUGCAGUACUAACACAUUAGUAACACGUUUUCUGUCCCUGACUAACACUGUUUUCAUUUUUCAAAAAGUAGUGUAGUUUUUACUGUGCAAUGCGAGCUUUUACCCAAGAGUCUGAAAUGUCCCAGGGAAAUGCUUUACUACUAAUCUGUGUUGCCAGCUCCAGGAAUAGUAUUUAUACUGCAAAGUGAAAGUGAAAAUUGUUUCAUUGUUAUGCAAUAGGUUAUUUUCAAACUUAUGGCUAUAGACAAUUGAGGAUUUUACUCAAGUUUUUGACAAAUUUCACCCAAAAAAGUGGGGACUAAGGGGAAAUAAAAAUAUAUGGAUUUUUAGACAUUCAAGGAUUUAGUUAUUCUGAUCACAGAAAUAGUUUGUCCUGUGUAUUUUAUCUCCUUGUUCUCAGAGCAUGCUAAACUAACAGUCGAGAAGACGGUUUUAAAUCAUCAGAACAAGGUCAGGACAGGAGAGGGAUGAACAGGACUUGGACAGGACAGGCCUGCCGAUGUUUGGAGUGAGCAGGUUGCUAGAGGAAGUUCUCAGUGUCCGUAGAGGGAAGAAGAGCCCAGAAAGGGCCACAGAUGCAGUCUUGGAGGGACAAGUCCCUCAGAGUCAGGGGUGAAUUCAGGACGAGGGAAGGAGAGGAAAUGCUCAAAUGUCAUCAGACUUCUCAAUAGCAAAGCUGAUGGCUGUAAACAGUUAGGCAAAGGCUCCAAGAUUCAAAUGUAAAAACCACAUCCAGCCUAUUAUAGACCUUGCUAAAGUGUCCGUGGAAUGGAAGUACAAUGACCAUGCCAGAAAAUCAGGGAAUUGAAUUAGCUGUUUGGACAGUGCGUGGCAGCAGAGUGAGGGAGUGACACAGGACGCAGCAAGCUCUUGGGGCCCAGGACAGACGAUACUGGUGAAGGGGGUUAAGCUGUGCAGCCCUUAGAGCACAAGCAGCUACAGUGGAGUAUUGUGGAUAACGUGGUCUAUGAGCACCAGACGGUGUAACACAUUUGCAAAAUGCAAGAGAAGAACAGUGUGCUGAGCCCAGGUGAAUGCCUCCAAGUGCCAGUGUGUCUCGGAAGGGUCAAGUGCAUGGAAACUUUCAAGAUGGCCUUUACUGCACGAUCCAUUUGGGUUGUGAGGGGAAGUGUGUCUCCCAGUUUGUUACUGGUGUGCCCAAUAGCAUUAGCUGGGUUUUUCACUCAGGUCUGUCGCUCCAGCUGCACUCACAGCCCUUCUAUCAACAGAAGCCAGGAGGUGAGCGAUAUGUCCCUGGACUAGAGAUGUUGAGCACAGCCUAUAAGGACCCUUUGUUGCCAGAGAGCCAGGAUGUGUGAGUCCAAAAGCUCAGGGCAAAGUAACCAGUUUAAAGAGAUCCUCACUAGACAAAAAGGGACAUUUCUGAGCAUCAAGAAUAAAAGCAAAAACAAAAACACCAGUUAGCUGAAAUACUUGGAGUGUGCAAGUUCAAGGGUUGAAACCUCCGUCUAUACCGUCAGCACGCUUUCCAUUCUGACAACAGCUCUAAGAGGCAGAGUGCAUGCUGUGUCUCCUCACAGGCCCUAGAGGUAGGUUCCCUUCCCCUGCCGGUAGGCGCUUGCUUUCCCCUUUUCGUGUUCUACCUGCUCUCACACCCUGUUCAGGGGAGUCAUCGGAAGCCUCUGAGAACGCCCAGGCUGUCAGGCUGCAGAAACGGGACUUUGGUAACUGUCUGUGGGUGACGUCAGAGCAGGCAGGCCCUGCUCCUGCAGUCUCCUGCUUCCAGCCUCCUCUGCUGCAUCUGUAGAUUCGUAGGCUGGUGACUCUACUGCUGCCUCUUGGCCUCUCACAUGACCCCUGGCUCUUCAUGUAAGGAAUGACUUCUUGUACAGUAGAAGGACAAGGCUCAUCAUCAUGGAUCCUCUGCUGGAAGCCAAUGGCACCUUCGCCUUAAACCUUUUGAAAAUACUGGGUGAAGACAGCUCAAAAAAUGUAUUUUUCUCACCCAUGAGCAUCUCCUCGGCCCUGGCCAUGGUCUGCAUAGGGGCAAAGGGAAACACUGCAAGCCAGAUGAUUCAGGCACUCUCUUUGGAUAAAUGCAGCGGCAGUGGAGGUGGAGAUGUCCACCAGGGCUUCCAGGCACUUCUCACAGAACUGAAUAAGACCGGAACACAGUACUUGCUCAAAACAGCCAACAGGCUCUUCGGUGAAAAGACUUUUGAUAUUUUAGCAUCUUUUAAAGAUUCCUGCCACAAGUUCUACGAAGCAGAGAUGGAAGAGCUGGACUUUCAGGGAGAUACAGAGCAGUCCCGACAGCACAUCAACACCUGGGUGGCCAAAAAGACAGAAGAUAAAAUUACAGAGUUGCUGUGUCCAGGUGCAGUGAAUUCAGACGCUCUGCUGGUGCUUGUGAAUGCCAUCUACUUCAAAGGAAACUGGGAGAAGCAGUUUAACAAAGAGGACACCCGAGAGAUGCCUUUCAAAGUCACCAUGAAUGAGGAGAAACCUGUGCAAAUGAUGUUUCAGAAGUCUACCUUUAACAUGACCUAUGUGGAGGAGAUAUCCACCACGAUUCUGUUGCUUCCCUAUGCUGGCAAUGAGCUGAACAUGAUCAUCAUGCUUCCAGAUGAGCACGUUGAACUGAGAACGGUGGAAAAGGAAAUAACUUACGAGAAAUUCAUAGAGUGGACAAGGCUGGACAAGAUGGACGAAGAAGAGGUGGAGGUUUUCCUCCCACGGUUUAAACUGGAGGAGAAUUAUGACAUGAAGGAAUUCCUGUGCAAGCUGGGCAUGACUGAUGCCUUUGACAACAGGGCAGACUUUUCUGGAAUAGCAUCUAAAGAAGGCUUGUUUCUGUCCAAGGUCCUUCACAAGUCCUUUGUGGAGGUCAACGAGGAGGGCACCGAGGCUGCAGCUGCCACCGCCGCCAAUGUAUAUUUUAGGUGUAUGUCCUCCUACUUCUGUGCCAACCACCCCUUCCUUUUCUUCAUCCAGCACUGCAAGACCAAGGGGCUGGUGUUCUGUGGCCGGUUCUCCUCUCCCUGAGAAAGGAUUCUGCUGGGUCAGCCACGGCCUUUGCCCAUUCCCCCUCCCAUGAUCUGUGAUUUAUCUGUGGAUUAAUAAAUGUUGUGACAAGUCUG